AUGGAAAGAAAAGAACAGUUUAGAACUUAUAAAAGCGUGAGUGUUUUUGAAUGAAAUUUGAAAUUUAUUGCAUCAAUCAAGGUUUAUGUGGUGAUAUUCAAUGAAUUAAGCCUUUUACUACUUGAACUUUGUAAAUGAGAUAUAAAAAUGAUAUUUAAUUAUCAUAUGAGCAGUAUCAUAGAGGUUGCAUCUGCUAUGAGCUAUGCAGAGAAGGCUUACGUGCACGGUGGAUUGAUUUUAAAUGCUUUUGAUUGGUUAUUAUAA